GUGUGAACUUAGCACAUCAUGCUUAGUGAUAUAGUGAAGACUCAGAAAGAAGCAGGCAAGAGAGCAAGCUCAUUUCCAGCUGCUCCUGGCGUGGUUUCCAUUUGUAGCACAGGCUCAGUACUAAGGACUAGGUCUGUGUCCACUACAGUCAAUGCAAAUGCUCUCACUGAAGGCUUCUGGGGGACAAGAUCAGACACCGAAAGCUCAGGUAGAAAGUUCCUCAAGUAUUCCUAUGGUGGUACUGAAGGUCUUCUUCCCCUCUUGCUGCUCCUCAGCAGAAAGCGGUCUUUUGGUUGGCCAUUGGAUCCCAGAACAGAACUCUGCAGUUAUCCUGGCUGUGGUCCAUUUUCCUUUUAUUCCUGUCCAGGUGAAGCAAUACCUCUCUGAAGUCCGGCAAGUGACUCAGGUCAAUGUUUCUGUACUGGGCACAUGGAGUAACUGCAAAAAGAAGGAAGAGAGCUUGAGUGAGUUCCUGGAAGAUCUUGGCACAAUCUUUUCCCAUGAGCCAUGGAUUCAACUUUGCAAAGAGACAGACAGCAAGUUUUGGAGUUGUUCUAUUAUUCAGAAACACCCCAGUACUCCCAAGGAAGAUGAAAUUAUCUUGGUGUAUUAUGACCAACGCAAAGUAAUGCUUUCGCACCUCCAUCCCCCAGGGAACCUGACCAACUCCACUGAUCACAAAGCAGAGGAUGCCUCAAAACUAGCUAUCUUGUUUGACACAGUGGCAAAGAGCAAGGUACUGUUUAUGAAAGACAGAUAUGAUGAUGGGCCCAUCAAGCUGACCCACUGGCAGUCAGAAGGAGUAGAAGCCAGUAUAAUUGUGGAGUUGAUGAAGCAAGCUUCCAUUCCUGUGUGUAUGCUGCUGACAUUUCUGCUUUCAUUUGUCUCCAGUGUCUGUAAAAGCAGAGUGCUGAAGUUUUGGCCUUUAUGUUUCAUAUGGAGCAAACUCUCAACUUGCGAACAAUUGGGGCACCGGUUAGAGCACCUCCAGGUCAUCAGCAGUAACAGGAAGGCUCAAAACCAGCCACAGCUAAUGAGGAAAGCCAACAUCUUUGUUUCUCUCCUUGCUGAUGUGGCUCUGGGGAUACUGCUGAUGUCCUGGUUGUACAGAAAGAAUCGGAUUGGCCACCUUGCUGACACACUCAUCCCAGUAGCUGAUCAUGUUGCUAAAGAGCUCCAGGACCUGCUGCAAUGGCUAAUGGGAGUGCCAGCUGGUUUAAAAAUGAACCGAGCUUUGGACCAGGUGCUGGGACGGUUCUUUCUGUACCACAUUCACCUUUGGAUUAGCUACAUCCACCUGAUGUCCCCCUUCAUUGAGAUGAUCCUCUGGUAUGUUGGCCUGUCAGCCUGUCUAGGCUUGACUGUGGCUCUUUCCAUCCUCUCCGACAUAAUUGCACUCCUGACCUUCCAUAUCUACUGCUUCUAUGUCUAUGGAGCCAGGCUCUACUGCCUGAAGAUUUAUGGGUUGUCAUCUCUCUGGCGCUUAUUCCGUGGGAAGAAGUGGAAUGUCCUGCGACAGCGGGUGGAUUCCUGCUCCUAUGACUUGGACCAGUUGUUUAUUGGCACUUUGCUAUUUACGAUCCUGCUGUUUCUUUUACCCACCACUGCACUGUAUUACUUGGUGUUUACGCUGCUCCGUCUGCUGGUGGUGGUUGUGCAAGGCCUGAUCCAUCUGCUAGUGGACCUCAUUGACUCUCUGCCCCUUUAUUCAAUCUUGCUUCGGCUCUGCAGAUCUUACCGACUUGCAGCUGGUGUGAAGUUCAGAGUCCUUGAGCAGAAGACUGGAAAACCUCUUCGGCUUCUAAUGCAGAUAAACCCUCUGUCCUAUGGCAGCGUGGUGCAGACAUACAGGCUCCCAACCUACAGCUGUUACCCUAAGGAUUCCUGGGGGUCUCUCUGCAAAAAGUUGUUCCUGGGAGAGCUAAUCUACCCUUGGAAGCACAAAGGGGAGAAGCAGGACUAAACAGAAGGCAAGGAACCGGCCAGGAAAGAUGCAGCCAAGACAAACAUUUAACCCCGCAGCUCCUGGGCCAAAGACAGCACGGGGCCAGCAGCUGCCAGAUCCUUGCUUCGGUCCUGAGCAGGAAGGGCUGAACUGUUAAAGAGGGAGUAUUAUGUGUGUUCUUCUUCAGAUUUCCUCUUCCUAUAUGGUCUCGUUGGGCACCUAUACAUGUGCCUGAUGCCUGCUCUGGCAUGUUCUAAUGAGUUCAUUCUAAUUAGUUCAUUUUAAUCAAGUCUGCUGGAGUGUUCUAAUUAGAAUGCUUCAGCAGCCUCACCAUCUUGUAUAUUCAGUGUCCUUGCAUUUCGAACUGGCAGUAGGGGUGCUUUAACUAAAGCUCAUUGAACAAGCUUUAGUUAAAGCACCCCCACCAUCAUUUUGAAGUACAGGACACUGAAUACAUGAGAUGCCUUAGGCGUUUUAAUUAGAGUGGCUCUUGAGAGCCACUCUAAUUAAAAUACACCUCUUCACCCCCGAGCACAAGUAAAGAUGCUCAUAGAAUUGAUUUGGUUUCCAGGCUACUAAUGGAAUGUUAUUCUACCCUAGAUCCUGAGGUGCCUGCCUGGUGGUGCAGGGGUAAAGGAUAUUUUUAAAGCCAAGAAUAAAGCCAUCAGUGCCUCAUAGAACCAGCAUACAGUGUAGUCCAGGAAGUAGGUCCUAAAUGGCUUGAUGUUCUGUGUGUCUUUCUGUAUGAGUUCUUAGGGCCAUAUGGAUGCAGUAAGCUGGUGAGUGAAAAGAUUCCUGUCCCAGGGGGACAAAAAUGGAGGCACCAGAGCAGCCUCCUCCGGUGGGACCCGAGACAGGGCUGACCCUCCCAAAAAAAGAAAUAGAAAGCCCUGAAAAGAAGGCUUACUGUCCCUAGGAGAAGCAGAGCCACGCCAAGAAGGGCUGCCGGUGCGGUUCAUCAGCCGCUUUUAUUGCUGGCUGAGAAUGGCACUGGUGGAUGACGUCAGCAAAAACCACUGCCCAGAAGAUUUAAAAGCCAGUGAUGGGAAAAUGGAGAUAGGGGCAGCAAUGCUGAAGCCAGAGGGCAAAGCUGCUCCCCAAGCUGCGACUCCACGGGGUUGACAGCUCGGAAGGAGGCUGGACGGAGACCUGCAGGAGGGGUCUUGACCGCAUUAGAAGAAUUACACACCCGGCUCGGCAGGGCAGCCAGGCCAAGGAGGGACGGUGUUGAGGGCUCUCAUGGACCACAGACGCCGGACCCAUGAGUGGGGUGGGCAGAAGCCCGUACCCCAAUUAUUCUUCUCUUCUUUUUUUUUAAUUACUUUAUUUCAGGGGGUGCAUGGAACCUGGACUGGGUGGGGGGAGGUAACCCCAAGUAACCCCGAGCCAAGAGAGAGGACCGAGGUAGCACAGCAGAAGCCUCAAGAGGGAGAACAGGCGCAGAGACGAGAACGAUCCCCCACCUUGUCAUCAUCUGGGGUGAAAGGUCAUUGAGGGACGGACAAGGAGAGAAGAGAGCGAACGAGAACAUCAAAAAGGGAUGGGCCAGCGACCCAUCAUCCAGUGGUCCUGAGGGCUGGCGUAUGGCUGGGGUGUAGGGGAGGUGGAGUCCCAAGAAUGCUCGCAAAGGGCAGCACCUGGUCUGCAAGAAGCCCCAAGGAGGAACCCCACCAAUGAAGAAAAGACAGGUUGUGGCAGGCGAGUGUUGGGGUCUCCCUCGGGGUUGAACGCGACCCAACGCACAGGGCCCAGGGACACACCUUGCAGUCGGAACCAGGUGUGCGCUUGAAGGUCGCUAGAGAGCACUUAUACAAGACCAGUCUGGUGCAAUUCCUAUAAGUUAAAUCCUGCCCCAUCUUCUUCAAAAAGUGCUGUUUUCAGGAACUGGCAUGGGGGAGGAAGAGAGGAGUUGUGGUGUCCAGACUGCAAACUCUGCCCCUGCAUUCCUCUGCAGCUGGGUGUAGGGAGACAGGACUGAGGGAAAUGGGAUCUAGUUGGAAUACUUCCAUAUAUCGCCUCUGGCCAUUGUCCCACAUAAGAGCAGAGCCUACUAGGGAGAGAAUAUGUUGCAGCUUUAGGGCUUCAGUGGUUGUCCAAAUGGAGCACAACUGGCACUCCAUAGGGCAGUGAAGGAAGAAUCCAUAUAUUCCACACAUUGUCUAACCUGGGUACUUGGAGGGAGGAAGAUUUGACCUGUUGUAUGCAUAAUGCUUUGAGAUUUUAAACUCUUUUUACCCACACAUACAUGAGUAUGAAAUCCUCUCAGAGUACGGCCUUCACCCCUUUGUCCGCAGGCAUGAUCUGAAAAAAAUGAAUCUGUUUACAGGGGCAUUUGGUUAAGACCUUCCCAAAAGCAAUCCUUAGUAGGCAAGAGUGAACGUUGAUGGAGAUGUACAUGGCCAUCUAGGUUUUUGUAAGGGCAAAGUGCAGGGGAGUUACCUCAGAGCUAACAAUAAGUUUGGGGGGCUAGAGCUGCCAAAACAACAUUUUCUGCUUUUUUUUGAGCCAAAAAAUGUUAUUGAAAGAAACUAUCUUGGAAAAACCAACCUAAUAUCACUACAGAUUUUGAAUGAAAUGUUGAUUUGUAGGUGGCUACAGGCAGCAUCAAGUUCUGAGUUGAUCUUUGAUGUUCAGUAUGUAAAAUACCAGUAUUGGCUUCAGCAUUUGGACUGUUGUGGAACAUCGCGAGUAUACCAUGUACAAACAAUUAUUUUCCUGUUGGCCUAAUUAAGGCCAGAUUGUGACCCCUUACAAUGGUGAAUGCUUAAUCGCCAUUGAGACUUUUCUUGUAAGCUGUUCACAAUCAGUCUCUCUGUGAUAGAAUAGCCCUUUCAAAUUUCCCUUCUUUCCUUUAAGCCAGAUUUUAAUGCCUUUACUCAUCUUAAGAAUUACCUUUCUUUACAUUUAUUAAGCCCUACUGAAAACACUUGGAUCACACCACUGUCCUCAGAUUGAAGUAGAAACAUUUGAUAUAUGAGCCUGGAUCAGAUGAGUGGUCUACCUUGUCCCGUAUAGCAUCUCGGACACUGGCAAAUGGUGUAUCCUUCAAAGAAGGUUCAUAAAACUCUGCAGUAAGCCAUUUUGGGACAACCUGCCACCAAGGAAAGUUUCUUUCUCUACCUUAUUAUCUUCAGUGGCAGGCAUCAGAGUAGAAUAUGAAGACAGUGAGGUUGUCUGAGUGACCUAGCCACCGGAAUUUUUCUUAUAAAAAUUCUGCAAUGAAAACUGGAAAAGAUUUUGGCUUGCUCUCACAGUGUGUGCCUUGGUGCUAGCUGUGGUAAAGUUCUACUGUACAGAUGGGACUCUGGAUGUACACAGAAAGAAGAUGCUUUGAGAAGGAAGAAUAGCUGUUUCACUGUUACUGUCACCAGUGCUUCAUAUCUUCAGUGCCUCUAGCUUUUCACAAGGUUGGAUCCUGUUAGUUUGAUGUGAUUCUUUCCUGAAACCAGGAAAAAAAAGUUUGGCCUCCAGUCUCUUAGUUAUUUAGCUUAGAGCAUCAGUCUCAACCUUACAGCCUACAGGCCAGAUCUGGCCCAUGGAGCCAUGUCACGUGGCCUGUAGGGCUUGUAGAGGGCCUGAAAAUUCAGGGGUGGGGCCCGCUGCCAAAAUCCUGGACAUGGAACCCUGUUAGCAAUGCUCAACAGUGGCAGGGGUGAGCGAUGGUUGCAUUAACUCACACAGCCACUGCCAUUUGCCACCACCACUUCCAGACCCAGCCUACAUGGAGCCCAGGGGCUGGAUCCAAAAGGGUGUUUGACACUUCUGGCUUAGUGGGGAAGAGGCGCUCAAGAUAAAGGAUAACGUAGUCCUGCAAACAAAUACUUUUAAACUAGCUGUGAAGAAACUUGGGCUGAAAAUCGAAGAAGGCUCCAAACUAAGAGCAGUGAGAUUCUGGAAGAAACUUCCAGUCAGAGUAGUCAGGGAAAAAACACAAACAACUUCCAAGAUGGGGCUUGAAAAGGUACACAAUGUGGUACCUGCAAUGUGGUGCCAGCAAUAGCACCACACAGCGUGGUGCCUGCGAUAGCAAGAGGCUAGACUUGAUGAGCCAAGGAGGUCCAUUCCAGUGCUAUGCUCCUGUAUUCUUUCCAAGGACUGUCUUUCUACUAUGGUGCCAUAUCUACUGGUAUCACACACACUCAUAUCCCCCAAUGCCCAACUCAGUUUCUUGAAUGUUGUGAGGUGUUUUCUUUUGUCCUGCCAAGACAAUGUCUGCUAAUGGCUUUUUCAGACAUUCUUUCUGUGAGGCAAAGCAGCUUAUUUAGGACAGUCAUAAUCACAGCUGCAUGUUGGGAUUGAGCAAUUCUUUCACCCCAAGGGAUACCACAGAGCCAUUAAACCCAACAAACAUGACCUUUGUAUUGGGAAAGUGCCAAGUUUACUAGAUGCUCCAGCAUUAAAUUAGCUCUCUCAAGACUGUGACAUUGAUUUAAGAAUUGUAAAGUACCAGUAAAGCUGACAUAUGGCCUCCUAAAAAACUGAAUUUCCUGAGGCACAGAGUCACCCUGUUUUGAGUGCACAACAUAGAUAUGAAAACCACCUCUGUCACUCACUGCCCUGCCAAAACUAUCUUUACUGAGCUCCAGAUUGCUACUGACACUCCAGCUUCUCUGUAUCAUUGAUAGGAGCUUGUAUUCUUUCUGCCACCUCAUGGUUGGUUACCUCUGUCUUUUAAAAAGGCUCCAGUGUAGGAAGGUCAUUUGUUAAACCUUUUCUGGUUAUGGGCUGAGAGCCACUGGAACAGAGCAAUAUCUGCCCAGGUCAGGAAAUCUCAAGCCAGUUUCAGUCAUGCUAGCUAGGAGCCAUCUUCUACAGUGAGAUCAGCAUCUUCUUCCAUCCUAAAACAGGCUGUGUCCACUACUAAUAUUUCUUUGCAAAGGGUGAAGAGCUCCAUGUACUGUAGUGCUGACUUAAGAAGACAGUGCCUAUUCAGACCUUGACCUGGGAAGUUGAACCUUUCAUCCCUUCUCUUCCCCACCCCACCUGUUUCUGUAACAGGAUGACAAACAUUGACUGAAGCACAUCUUUGAAGGACUGUGAUCUUGUAUAUAUGCUCUUUAUUAAUAGACUUCCUCUUCAUUAUCUCUUCCCCUUUAAAGUGCCAGUUCAUAUAUGACACAUGAUCUGGUUCUUCAUGUUUGGUGUGAUUUAAAAAAAACCCUACAUUGCACAUAAA